AUGGCAGAGAGCGGCCGAUAUGCUCGAAGGCUGUCGCUUCAGGUGGAGCUGAUGGCCAACUCGUCUUGCAAUGAGGAACGGCGGCCCAGCUUCCUCCGCAAGACUGUGUCAACGGCGAUCCGAGGCAACGAGGCCCAGCAGAAGUGGAAGGCGCUGCGGAAGGGAGCAGCAAGCUCGAAUGACCUGGAGGAGUCCGAGCCCGCGGCAGAGCCUCUAGGGCAGUUCCUUCCGAACAAGCUGUCGUUGUCGCUGGGAGAUUCUGCAGAUGCGACACCGCGACGUAGCUUUAGGACAACUGCAUCAGCUGUCUUCGACGGUCCAGGCAAAGACCUUCUAUCCGACGUGCCACUCUUCAGGGAUUGCACGGAGAGGUUCCUUAAGGCCUUGUCCGACCAAGUCCACACCCGCCUGGUGCAGCCCGGAACGGACAUCUACCUUGAAGGCGAACGAGGCGAUAGCUUGUUCUAUCUCUGCAGGGGCGAGGUGGAAGUCCUGCGCGGCGAGGAGGUUCAAUCCAUACACAAGGAUGGUGCAGUCUUCGGAGAAAUGGCGGCUGCCAGCAAGCAUCCGGCUUUGACGACGCGAUCAGCGACGGUGAGGGCGACGGCUCUCUGCGAUGUCAAGGUUCUUCAAAGAGACGACUUGCUGCAGGUCUUGAACCACUUCAAAGAAGAUGCGAAGCGGAUUCACGAGAAGGUCGAGCGCCACAUGGAAGAGCUCCGCGAGAAGGGGGAGCUCCCGGCAAGGAAGGAGUGGUGGCGAAUGGACACGAGACGGUCAUCUGCUGCUUCGAUUGCUUCGGCGACUUCGGAGGGAUGCAGACCUCAGAAUGCAUGGACGCGGGCUUUCUCAGGCAUGAAGCUGGCAAGGCGAUUGUCAAAUAUUGCGCCAACGCGGCCACAUGCAUACACCAUGGCGAUGUCUGCCAUGACUGGUCUGACUGGUUUGACCAGCAAAGCAGUCCAUGGCUUGCCACAUCGGGGCCGUCGAAUGAGCGACGGUGCCUUGUUCGUGCGUCAGCACGAGAGGCAAGCCUCGAAAUCCAGUGUUGCAAGCUUGAGGUCCAUACGUGAAGGUCAAGUUGAUCCUGACAGUAACAAGGAGAACGAAGGUUCCAGCUCAUCAACUUCCUCGUCCAGUAGCGGAAGCAACGAGCCCGAUUGGGCCAUGCUAGAGGAUGACGCAAGUUCACGAAGGCGGAGCAGUGCAGAAAGCCUUGACUCCGACAUUCACGAGGCCAGUCAUUCGAUUCGAGUCCUGGAUCCAUGUGAAAGUGAGCAAGUGCAAGCUGCGCCGCCAAGAAGUGAAUGUCCAGCAGACAGCAAGGCUGAGCAAGUGCGAAGACUCUCUUUGCUCCUAGACAUCUGGUCCCCGAAGCUUGCAGAAGCGGCAGACUCAGGCGAGCUUGUUGCCACGUUGAAGAUUCAGGACUCCAGAUCGCCACCGCUACCGUCCCUGGAACUCGCAGCCAGACCCGAGUCCACGCCACGGAUGCCACGGCGACCUCAAACCCAGGAGUCCAUGAUUCUCACGGCCAAGCUUCCGCGCCCACAAACCGAGCAAGCGUCGAAGCGCAGGCUUCCUAGCCUUCGCGAGCAGCGUCAAAGAGCCGUCAACCUUCACCCGUUCAACCAAGGAGGCCUGGUGGCUGGAUCUGUUCAUGAAGCCACGCAGAGGGGCCUGGCUCUGGCCAACCAGGCAGCUCUACGAGUCUGCCGCCAGGAACCUAUCAACGGUGUAGCUUCCAGGCACCAGGAGGCACGAAGAAAGCAGGCUAGGGGCAGUGACACCAGGCAUACUGCCUGCUCCAAGUUGCGUCAGCCUCAUGCAAGGAUGCCGGGAUUGAAGGCUUUGAAGGGACCCAAGGUCUGGGCAUCGCCAGAGUUGACCACACCAUACCCUACGACGUUAUGGCAAGACUUCCAAGCUCUUCGGGCACAAGACGCAAACUGCACGCUCAGUGUGUGCGCUUAG